ACCGUUCCUUUUGCUUCCACCUAUCAGGUUUUUGUUGUUGUUGUUGUUGUAUUUGUCUCCUUUCAGCGCCUUUUCGCGAUCCGUUCGUCGUGCGGUCGUACUUUGAACGGCGAGCAUUGUGUAUUUUGGACAGCAAGUAGGGCUAUUUUAUUGGCGCAGCAGUUGAGAGGCGAUUUUUUCACUGGUUGGACGCACAUUAGCGAAACGGCGAAUCGGUGAAAUAAAAAAAAAAACCCAACAAUAACAAUAAAAUCAAACAAACGGCGCGCGGUUCGAAACACGCGACCCGGGCGGUCUUGCGACGGCCAUCCGCACAGCGUGGGCGUAUGAAAGCGUCGCGCUCUCGACAGCCAAUAAUAGGAAUUACGGUGGCGGGCAAUUGUUGCAAUGCACUCUGUCAAACGCGUCGUCGUUUUCGUCGUCUCCAAGUGGUGUGAAGAAUAGUGAUUGCGGAACGUGUCGACGUGACAAAUGAUUGUUUAUGAAUUUUUAUAAAUUGAGUCCCCGCAGCUCUGCCGCCGGCAUGUUUGCGUGGUGAGGGGGUGUUUGUUGUGUCGCCGUCACUCUCGGAUGGAAAUUAUAGGCCCCGAUUAGGGUUGGAUUGGUGUGCUAAUUGAUACUGUCGCGUUUGAUUGCGCUGGUGAUAACGCUAAACAGCGGGAGCUCCCAGAGUUGGAUUGUGUAAAGUGAGUUGUUGUUUGUUCAGGUGCAAUCGAGAGUGAACAAAGGAUUCAAAAUGACCGAUAUGAUUGAUCUGAGGAUGCAUCAGCAUAUUGCUCACGAGAUUUACCGACAGCAGAUGAUGCAGAGGAUUCCAGAUCCUUUCCCAUCGAUGCUACCGGUUCCGGUGCCUCCGAUGCACGCCAUGGCUCUACCCCCGAGGUAUUCCCUUCCCGGCGUGGAAAUAAAACUUCAGAACAAGGAACUGUGGCGGGAGUUCCACAAGAUCGGUACCGAAAUGAUAAUCACAAAGUGUGGAAGACGUAUGUUCCCUUCGAUGCGCCUCACGGUGGAUGGGCUGGACGCGGACACCAAUUAUUGCGUGCUGCUGGAGAUGAUGCCCAUCAGCGACUGUCGGUUCAAGUUUAGCGGAUCCCAGUGGGUGCCGGCGGGUGGCGCCGAGCCACAGAGUCCGCAGCGAUUUUGCCUCCAUCCAGACAGUCCCGCCCUUGGAACCCACUGGGCCUCCCAGCCGAUCGUGUUCAACAAGGUCAAACUGACCAACAACACGCUGGAUAACAAUGGGCAUGUCGUGCUGACCAGUAUGCAUAAGUACCGACCUCGGAUACAUAUCAUACGGACGGCGGAUCCCUCUCAGAUUCCAUGGGCAGCCCAGCAGGCGUUCAUCUUUCCGGAAGCUGAAUUCGUAGCCGUCACUGCGUAUCAGAACGAUCGAAUAACCAAGCUGAAGAUCGAUAACAACCCGUUUGCCAAAGGAUUCCGCGAGACGGGUCAGUCCCGGUGCAAGAGGAAACUGGGCAGUGGCAGCAACAAUACAUCAACGUCAUCCUCCUCGUCGUCGUUGUCGUCUUCGGGAACAUGUGGCCAAAUGACAGAUGACGAGGAUCGCAACGAUCUGCAACAGCUUCACGAGGCCAAGCGGGUCAGAUCAAACGAGCCGGAUCCGAUGGAUUCCCGGCUGUUAGAUCCCCGACUGCUCGCAGGGCUGGAGGAUUGCUCCCGGAGUGGACCCGAUGCGACACUGCGGCUGCAACAAAUGCACCGUCGGUUUCCUCCGGGUUCGUCCGCCGCAGCGGUCGCCGCCAACGAGCUACUGAUGCGUCAGUACAAUCAAAUGUUCAACCCCAGCUGGAUGGAUCUAAUGAUUCCGUACUUCACCCGCAAUCCUUACCCACAAUCACUGGGACCUCAGCCACCGCCACCGCAUCCCUUUCUGCCGAUUGCUGCCAGCCACUCACAAACGCUAUUUCCCGCCUUCGGCAGUAGACCACUUUUGGCACCGCAAAUUUCUCCGACGGAAUCCAUUCCCGAAUCGGACCGAUCGUCUGCGUUCAGCGUAACGCAACCCAACUGUGAGGAUCACUCUACUGGUCAGCUGUCGCCGAUUCCCCACGCACAAGUUGUUGUUGAUUCACCACCUCCAAUCAACGAUGGCAGGGAGGGAAAUAGUGACGAGAAUAAAAAAGUUAAUUUCAGUAUUGCAUCGAUUCUGCUGUUGUAGGAAAGUUUUUGAUUUGUAACGUGUUGUAACAUUCGUUCAGCCCGCUCGGAAACCUCAUGAACAAACGUGCCUUUGCUUAUACAUAGUUUUAAAUAUACGAGGAAUAAGAUCAAUUUUUGUACAUAUAUUUUAGAUGUAAAUAAAUGAA